AUGUUGCUAAAGAAAACUUUCAAAAGCCGCAAGAAAGAACGAACACGUGACAACAAAUUGAAAGGAGGCGAAAAUCUUCAAGAAAUUCUCUUGGGGGCGAGAAAUGUUUUGACACAUGUCGAACAAAAGGUCAAAGCUCUAGAAACAGUAGCAAGAGAAUCAUUCAAUUCUAAUAAGAGUUGGGGAGUGGAAAAACUUUUCACAGAGCACUUUCGCGAUGCUUCUUUGAGUUUGGGUUAUUUUGAGGUCGACGACUUUUCUUCUCAUGCAUCAGUAUACAACAAAGUUUCUUAUCAUCACUAG